AUGAAUGAAGAAGAUUGGGACACAUUAAAAAAAUAUUCUGAUAUAGAAGAGCAGAUUUGGAACAAUGAAGAUGAUCUUGAACAGAAAAUACAAGAUUUCAUAGAUGAAAAUGAAGAUUCUUAUGAAAGAAUUCAAUAUAUAUUGAUACAAUCAUCAUUUUAUCGACCAAAACAAUUCCUUUCCCACAUGAAAAUCAUAUCAAACUUGAUGGAUAUAUACGGACUUACUACAAACGAAUUAAACACUUAUUUACCUAGUUCAAUUUCAAACGAUGCAGAUAUCUACGGAGAAAAUACAAUCGCGAACAUCAUUUUAACAGAUAACGCCGAUAAAUUACUUGAAAAAUUAGCAGAUAUAAAUUUUAAUAUCAAUGGAGUUGUCAAUUUCAGUUUACACGGUCAACCAACAAUGACUUAUAUAGAUGCAGCUGCAUUCUUCGGAUGUCUCAAUGUAUUUAAGGUUUUACUUUGCAAUAAUGCUUUAAUUACUACUCACACCUUCGAGAAUUCUAUUUGCGGAGGUAAUUACGAAAUCAUACAUCUCUCAAAGCUAUUUAGUUCAAGUUUAGCUAAGAAUCUUUCAAUUGCAGUCAGAUCUCAUCAAAAUGAAGUUAUUGAUUGGCUUUUACAAGAUAAUGAUGAUGUUCCUUUGAGCGCUUUAGAUAUUAUUGCAGGAUGCAACACAAUUUUACUGUUUGAUAAGAAAAUUGAUUACAUUCAAAAAGGAAUUUUACAAUCAUGUGUCAGAGCUGGUUAUCCAUACUUGAAAUUAGCAGUAUUGAAUGGAGCAGUUGAUAAUAAAUACUUGGCAUUGGAAUUAUCUGUUUCUUCCGACAAAUUAAAUUAUUUUAAUUUAUUAAUUGAAAAUUUGGACUUCAAACCAAUCCAAAUACUCCAAGUAUGUCUUAUGAGAUAUGAAUUAUUUGUAAAAACGUUCGAAAACUUCAAACCGAAGUUAAAUUUAGAAAAUGAUAUUAAAUUUUUAAUGCAAGAGUCAGUUUCACGGUUUCCACAGGUUGCCAAGUAUCUCAUUGAUAAUAUAGAUGAUAUUAGGUUCCGCUACAACAAGAACGAGACUCUUCUCCACAUUGUAGCUAAACAAUGUGUAAAUCCUUUGAUUAUUGAAAUUUUAGUUAAAAAAGGUUUCUUUGUUUCUGAGAAAAAUGAUGAUGGAGACACUCCUCUUAUUAUUGCAGUAAGAAAUAGAACUCUUAAUGCUAUUCCAACACUUAUUAACUAUGGUGCUGAUCCAUGGAUUGAAAACAACAAAGGAGAAUCAGCUUUCAAACUCGCAAACGAUGAUUCGACGAUUUUAGCAAUGCUUCAAACAAAUUAG